AUGAUGACGUUAGCUGCUGACUUAGGAGUAGAAGACCUGCGAGCUGCGUGUGAAGAUCAUGUUACAUCAACAUUGAGUGUGGAGAGUGCCUGUACAUUAUUGGCUGCCGCUAUGGAAAUUCAGGACCGACCUGGCGGCAAGAGUGCUUCCUCGUUCAUGGAGCGCUGCAUCGCGUUCAUCGGAGACAACGCUGCAGACUGCGUCAAGACCAACGCCUUCUUAAAUUUGCCCAAGGAAGCGCUCAUCAAGCUCAUCUCUUCAGAUUUUCUAUGUCUAGAAGAGGAAGAAGUGUGGCGCUGUGCGUUGGCGUGGGCCAAGCAACGUGCAGGCGUCACUCAGCCGACCGCUCACUGGACCGAAGAGGAGCGAGCUAGGGUUUGCCAUCACCUGUCGCCACUCAUGCAGCAUGUUCGGUUACUACUUAUUGAUAGCGCAGUGUUCGCGGAGGAGGUGGAGCCGACGGGCGCCGUGCCCAUGGAGCUGUCGCUGGAGCGCUACCGGCGCGCCGCGCUGCACGCCGCGCCGCCCCCGCCGCCGCACCACGCCGACAAGAGGACGCAGCCCAGAUUAGCAGUUAAUAUGUUCACUGGAUCGCUAAUUCUGCAGCAGGACAAGAGCGCAUUUCAAGCUGUUAUCAAUAACUGGUGUGGCACGCCAAAGCAGUCAUGGCGGCUAAUAUUCCGCGCGUCCACUCAUGGCUACUCGGCGCAGGCCUUUCACUCGCACUGUGACGGCAUCUCUCCUGUGCUACUGCUGGUUCAGCUGUCGCGCGGCGAGGUGAUCGGCGGGUACUGCGAGGCGGCGUGGAGCGGCGGCGGCGCGGGCGGCUACGUGCCGGCCGAGCGCGCCUUCCUGUUCGCGCUCGCCGAGCCCGCCGCGCGCUACGCGCUCAACAAGAAGGCCUUCGCGCUCUGCUACCACCCCGACCCGCCGCGCGCUACGCGCUCAACAAGAAGGCCUUCGCGCUCUGCUACCACCCCGAGUGAGCGCCUCUCUGUAGACACACUCACUCACUCACACACACUACAGAGCGCGCCUUCCUGUUCGCGCUCGCCGAGCCCGCCGCGCGCUACGCGCUCAACAAGAAGGCCUUCGCGCUCUGCUACCACCCCGAGUGAGCGCCUCUCUGUAGACACACUCACUCACUCACACACACUACAGAGCGCGCCUUCCUGUUCGCGCUCGCCGAGCCCGCCGCGCGCUACGCGCUCAACAAGAAGGCCUUCGCGCUCUGCUACCACCCCGAGUGAGCGCCUCUCUGUAGACACACUCACUCACUCACACACACUACAGAGCGCGCCUUCCUGUUCGCGCUCGCCGAGCCCGCCGCGCGCUACGCGCUCAACAAGAAGGCCUUCGCGCUCUGCUACCACCCCGAGUGAGCGCCUCUCUGUAGACACACUCACUCACUCACACACACUACAGAGCGCGCCUUCCUGUUCGCGCUCGCCGAGCCCGCCGCGCGCUACGCGCUCAACAAGAAGGCCUUCGCGCUCUGCUACCACCCCGAGUGAGCGCCUCUCUGUAGACACACUCACUCACUCACACACACUACAGAGCGCGCCUUCCUGUUCGCGCUCGCCGAGCCCGCCGCGCGCUACGCGCUCAACAAGAAGGCCUUCGCGCUCUGCUACCACCCCGAGUGAGCGCCUCUCUGUAGACACACUCACUCACUCACACACACUACAGAGCGCGCCUUCCUGUUCGCGCUCGCCGAGCCCGCCGCGCGCUACGCGCUCAACAAGAAGGCCUUCGCGCUCUGCUACCACCCCGAGUGAGCGCCUCUCUGUAGACACACUCACUCACUCACACACACUACAGAGCGCGCCUUCCUGUUCGCGCUCGCCGAGCCCGCCGCGCGCUACGCGCUCAACAAGAAGGCCUUCGCGCUCUGCUACCACCCCGAGUGAGCGCCUCUCUGUAGACACACUCACUCACUCACACACACUACAGAGCGCGCCUUCCUGUUCGCGCUCGCCGAGCCCGCCGCGCGCUACGCGCUCAACAAGAAGGCCUUCGCGCUCUGCUACCACCCCGAGUGAGCGCCUCUCUGUAGACACACUCACUCACUCACACACACUACAGAGCGCGCCUUCCUGUUCGCGCUCGCCGAGCCCGCCGCGCGCUACGCGCUCAACAAGAAGGCCUUCGCGCUCUGCUACCACCCCGAGUGAGCGCCUCUCUGUAGACACACUCACUCACUCACACACACUACAGAGCGCGCCUUCCUGUUCGCGCUCGCCGAGCCCGCCGCGCGCUACGCGCUCAACAAGAAGGCCUUCGCGCUCUGCUACCACCCCGAGUGAGCGCCUCUCUGUAGACACACUCACUCACUCACACACACUACAGAGCGCGCCUUCCUGUUCGCGCUCGCCGAGCCCGCCGCGCGCUACGCGCUCAACAAGAAGGCCUUCGCGCUCUGCUACCACCCCGAGUGAGCGCCUCUCUGUAGACACACUCACUCACUCACACACACUACAGAGCGCGCCUUCCUGUUCGCGCUCGCCGAGCCCGCCGCGCGCUACGCGCUCAACAAGAAGGCCUUCGCGCUCUGCUACCACCCCGAGUGAGCGCCUCUCUGUAGACACACUCACUCACUCACACACACUACAGAGCGCGCCUUCCUGUUCGCGCUCGCCGAGCCCGCCGCGCGCUACGCGCUCAACAAGAAGGCCUUCGCGCUCUGCUACCACCCCGAGUGAGCGCCUCUCUGUAGACACACUCACUCACUCACACACACUACAGAGCGCGCCUUCCUGUUCGCGCUCGCCGAGCCCGCCGCGCGCUACGCGCUCAACAAGAAGGCCUUCGCGCUCUGCUACCACCCCGAGUGAGCGCCUCUCUGUAGACACACUCACUCACUCACACACACUACAGAGCGCGCCUUCCUGUUCGCGCUCGCCGAGCCCGCCGCGCGCUACGCGCUCAACAAGAAGGCCUUCGCGCUCUGCUACCACCCCGAGUGAGCGCCUCUCUGUAGACACACUCACUCACUCACACACACUACAGAGCGCGCCUUCCUGUUCGCGCUCGCCGAGCCCGCCGCGCGCUACGCGCUCAACAAGAAGGCCUUCGCGCUCUGCUACCACCCCGAGUGAGCGCCUCUCUGUAGACACACUCACUCACUCACACACACUACAGAGCGCGCCUGCCUGUUCGCGCUCGCCGAGCCCGCCGCGCGCUACGCGCUCAACAAGAAGGCCUUCGCGCUCUGCUACCACCCCGAGUGAGCGCCUCUCUGUAGACACACUCACUCACUCACACACACUACAGAGCGCGCCUUCCUGUUCGCGCUCGCCGAGCCCGCCGCGCGCUACGCGCUCAACAAGAAGGCCUUCGCGCUCUGCUACCACCCCGAGUGAGCGCCUCUCUGUAGACACACUCACUCACUCACACACACUACAGAGCGCGCCUGCAUGUUCUCAUUAA